AUGGUGUAUGACCUUGGCGGGAGUUUCCUACUUGUAUGUGGCACUCAUAAUGGUAUUCCGUUUAAUAUUCAUACGAUCUACGUCACUGCCAACCGUGAUGCCAUUAAACAAAUUCGUCAAGAAAAUUUCCAAGAUAGAUGUCCUGCUGUCCACUAA